CUCUCUUGUUUAUGCCUGGAUGUAAUUUCAUCGGUGUGCUGCAGUCAAGCAUUUUGCGGCAGAUGAAGAAAGGAAAUAUGGGUCAGUGCAAAAGCUGUAAAUUUGCAACUGAACCCAAAGGAUGACACGGAAAACCUCAACACUGAUAGGAAUCUGGAAGACCCCUUCCAGUCUUGUGAUCCAGGCUCAAGCAUCCAGUAUGUGUGUGUCCUGUUUAUUAAUGAAUGUCUCCUGGGAUGAUGACUUUGAUGAGCUUGUGGUGAGUAACAGUGAUGUUGUGCUCAGAAAUAUCGCUGAAGAUUUGCGGAAUUGUUUACCCAUCGAGGCAAUGUUUACUUCGGAACAUCAAGCUGUUCAGAAAAUACACCAGCAUCCACUGCCCAUGAUUCAUGUUGAUGCAUUCCUUUAUGAUGAUGAUGUUGUUGAUUCAUUGUGUGAGGAGGGGAAAAUGAGUAGGAGCUACUGCACAGAGUGUGGCUCAUACAAAACUGCAUCUUUAGAGUUUAUUUCGCAUUCCUUUUCCCUCAUGGAACUGAAGUUUCUUUAUCAACAUGUACUGCCUGACCUGACAGGAAAGGUAGUGGUUGACGUUGGCUCCAGGCUUGGUGCAGUGCUAUUUGCGGGUUAUCUUUAUAGCUCAGCUUCCCAACUGUAUGGAGUGGAAAUGAACGCAGACUUCUGCCAGUUGCAAGAAACAAUGAUUACAAAGUACAAAUUCAUUGACAGAAUAAAGGUGGUUCAUGCAGACAUCUGUACUCAGCCCUCACUUCUGCAGAAGGCUGAUGUUGUUGUACUGAAUAAUGUCUUUGAAUAUUUUCUUGACAGACAGGAACAGGCCAGAGCUUGGGAAUUUAUUGCUUGUAAUGUAAGGAAUAGAGGGUCCUUACUAGUGACGGUUCCAAGUCUUGAGGAAUCGCUUUCAAAGCUCCAGACAGAUGUACAGCUCAGUCAAUGGGUCGAAGAGGUGCAGCUGAAUUAUGAUGUGUGUAUGGAAAAGGAUGUUGACAGAGAAGCACUUGAACAGAUACAUUUAUACAAGAUCCUCUAGUACCUGGAAACAUUUACUAGUAUCCUUGUGAUAAUAUAUUUUGGGCCUAAAAUGAAUUUGGAUUGAUUUGUGUGAAUAAAUCAGGUCAAAAUUCAUAUUGUUGUUAAUUUGCCU